CCGCUCUCCGUGAAAAGAAGCAGGAGUCCGAAUGCCAGUCUGAUGAGCCUGUCUGCUUCGCCAUGGGCACCGCCAGCGAUGAGUUUGUCUCGGCGGAGCAGAACUCUUCCUUAAACCCUCUGUGCUUUGAGUGUGGCCAGCAGCACUGGACAAGAGAGAAUCACCUGUACAACUACCAGAACGAAGUGGACGACGACUUGGUUUGCCACAUUUGCCUUCAGCCUCUGUUGCAGCCACUCGACACCCCCUGUGGCCACACUUUCUGCUCCAAGUGCAUCAGGAACUUUUUACAGGAGAAGGACUUCUGCCCGCUGGAUCGCAAAAGGCUCCAUUUUAAACUGUGCAAGAAAUCCAGCAUCCUGGUCCACAAGCUCUUAGACAAACUGCCCAUUCUGUGCCCCUUCUCUGCCGUGUGCCAGGAUGUGAUGCAACGCUGUGACCUGGAGGCCCACCUGAAAAACAGGUGUCCUGGAGCUUCCCACCGUAGAGUUGCCCUGGAGAGAAGAAAAACUAGCAAAGCACAGACAGAGAUUGAGAGUGAAAAUGGGCCUGGCAUAAUAGAUCACUCAGGAACUUUAUCUCCAGACCCCGAUGCUGCCGGGACAGGAACAGUGCCAGCAGAGCGGAACUUUACAUCAACUUCUCUUCCUGUGUGGACAGAUGAUCCUGGCUUUGACAACCCUGCUUUUGAGGCGAGCACAGUAGCAGACACUACCCAACAACCGCCCAGCUUACCCGAAGGAGAGAUCACGACAAUUGAAAUUCAUCGGUCCAAUCCUUACAUUGAAUUAGGAAUCAGCAUAGUGGGUGGCAAUGAGACCCCACUGAUCAACAUUGUUAUCCAAGAAGUUUAUCGAGAUGGGAUCAUUGCCAGAGAUGGAAGACUCCUUGCUGGAGACCAAAUACUUCAAGUCAACAACUUUGACAUCAGCAACGUGUCCCACAACUAUGCCAGAGCGGUGCUUUCCCAGCCUUGCAGCACCCUGCACCUCACCGUUCUCCGAGAGAGACGCUUUGGCAGCCGGCUCCUUAACCACCCCGAGAGCGGCUGUCCGCGAGAGGAGAGCUUCCACGUGACCCUUCACAAGCGGGACUCGAGCGAACAGCUGGGCAUUAAGUUAGUUCGCUGGACGGACGAGCCGGGGGUCUUUAUCCUCGACCUGUUGGAAGGAGGACUGGCCGCCCAGGAUGGGAGGCUCAGCAGCAACGAUCGCGUGCUGGCCAUUAAUGGGCACGACCUUAAGCAUGGCACGCCCGAACUUGCAGCGCAGAUUAUCCAGGCAAGUGGAGAGAGGGUAAAUUUAACAGUCGCCAGGCCCGGGAAAGCCCAGACUGGGACCGGUAGCCGGGAAUCGGGAAUGUACAACAACAACGGCAGUGGCGGCGGCGGUAGCAACCAGAUCCAACACCCGACACAGUCACCGUAUCCUGGCAGACCCAGCUCUCAUCGGGAUCUCUCCCAGUGUGUUACCUGCCAGGAGAAGCACAUCACUGUGAAGAAGGAACCCCACGAGUCCCUGGGGAUGACAGUGGCGGGAGGCCGAGGGAGUAAGAGCGGCGAGCUGCCCAUCUUCGUGACCAGCGUCCCUCCACACGGCUGCCUGGCCCGGGAUGGCAGAAUCAAGCGAGGCGACGUCUUGUUGAACAUCAAUGGUAUUGACCUGACCAAUUUAAGUCACAGCGAGGCAGUGGCCAUGCUGAAGGCCAGCGCCGCAUCCUCGGCUGUGGCCCUCAAAGCGCUGGAAGUCCAGGUGAUUGAAGAACAGACCCAGGGAGACGGGGAGCAGCCCAACCCCGUCAGCGAAAACGAGUACGACGCCAGCUGGUCCCCAUCCUGGGUCAUGUGGCUUGGGCUCCCCAGUGGUCUUCAUAGCUGCCGUGACGUGGUUCUGCGGAGAAGCAACUUGGGCAGCUGGGGCUUCAGCAUUGUUGGUGGAUAUGAGGAAAACCACACGAACCAGCCGUUCUUCAUUAAAACCAUUGUCCUUGGAACUCCAGCGUAUUAUGAUGGAAGAUUAAAGUGUGGCGACAUGAUUGUGGCCGUUAAUGGACUCUCCACUGUGGGCAUGAGCCAUUCCGCACUAGUCCCCAUGCUGAAGGAGCAGAGGAAUAAAGUAACUCUGACCGUUAUUUGUUGGCCCGGAAGCCUCAUAUAGGCCUAGAACCCCGGUUCGGUUCCCGCGUCUUAUUUUUCUAGAAAACUAGAGGAAAACCUCCGGUUUGUUAGAGGCGGUGUUUUUCUAAACCGCACAGAUACAGCUGGUCAGAGAGCAGGGCCAAAGUCCGCUAGAUCCUCACCCCUUCAACCUCACGACCCUCGUCUCCGCUUCGAAACAGCCUCUGAGCAUCGUUCCGCCGUUUCCUCAGCGUUCGAAACGGUCCCGUGGCAACCCGUGACUGGGAAACGAGGCUUUCCCGGUCUCCCCAUCGUGGAUUAGACCCAUCGAGGUGCAUGGUUGCCAGUUGCCGUUAGCCUUUUUUAAAUUGAGUAGUAAAACGUGAGCCGGGGGCUCGCCCGCCGCUGAGGGAGACGGAUUGUCGGUGAUGCUCUCGGGGAUGGAGUUUACCUCCGUGCGUCUGAGCCGGUUUCCUGCAGGGAAUUGUUUCCCACUGGGGUCGCCUUCAUCCGCGACGGUCAGUGGUGCCAACAUUUCAAAGACCCGUGGUGAUUUUCAGUUCCUUUAUUUCGACUGCAGUGUGUUCUUAGAAGGGGCCCAAGCCCGAAAUUUCUAAGGAGGUCUUUCAUGACGUGCAAUAAUUGCAAUAUUUUUUAGGAAAUUCAGUAUAUGAUAAUGGUCUAACCAGUGAUGAGGAAGGGGAGGAGGAAAAUAAUGAGUCUCCGAGCUAGAGUUAGUUAAUGUGAAUCCACUUGACCUGCACGACAACAGCUUUAAACUCUUCUUUCCAAAGGAAGGCUUUGUAAUACUCGAAAAUUUUGAUCAGGAUGUUUUUAUAGUGUCAUUUUUAAGGUUUGUAUCGUUCUCAGUAACCUUCCGCUGAAGCAUGUUUUUGUGACUCCCAACAAUUAAGCCAAUGUUUCUUCUGAAGGUAAAACUGCCUUGCUAUCAAAGCAUUUGCCGCAAUUAAGUGGGAGGCCGAAUCCUUUCCCGGCCUGAGUUCUGUGGAGAAUCGAAAACCUAAUUUUCCCAGGUUAUUUCCUCCACUGAAGAAGUAGGUAGAUGCCUCUGUGUAAAAAGACGGAGAAUUUGUCUCUGGGAGCUGAACGGUUCGCCUCCUGGGUUUACUGUCCUAUAAUUUGCUUUUGAGAUCGUGACAUUCUGGCGGGGAAAAAAAAAACGUUACUGGCAUAUUUUGGUUUGUUCCUUAAACAUACCAGUUUCUUUUUAAUUAUUUUAUUUCAAGGACCCCACGGAAAUGGUAUGUUGAGUUGUAGCAAAAUCCGAACGUCGUUAAUGUUCUGCAUUCUUGAAAAAGUUUCUAUUAGAGACCUAGUUCAGAGUCCAAACGAACGGCCAAGUGACCCCCAUUUGUAUUGUACUGAAUGGUAUUAUCCAGGAGUGAAUUUGAAAAAAAAAUCACUCCAGUCCAUGGUCGGUGAUGAGCCUCCAUUUCUGACGUGUGAUCACGUAAAAGCGAUCGCACCGCUUUCAUGGCAUGUCUCUGAAGAAUUCCCGCUGCUUUUGCAAUGAAACACUUUUUAAGCCCCUCUUAAGGAGGGGCUUCACUUGCCCGAGGUCACACAGCAGACAAGUGGCGGGGACCGUCACUCAAUAAAUAUGA